UAGCAACAGGACUCCUAACCUGCUGCAGUGCGACAACCGGGACGACUCAGCAGAUACCGACGGAAUUCACCAGUUUACCAGUUUUUAUUUCUCCACAUCAUUUCAAGACCUGUCCGCUGAGUUUGUAUUUUGACAGCACAGCUUGUCUAUAUCACUUUUCUGUGCUACUGGGUUUACAAACUAAGAUAAGGAGCCACUUCACGUUAGCUAGCUAGCUGAUAUGCUUGCAGUUUGAAGCUAAUGAUGCCUUCACGGACUGUAGUUCUUGGCGCAGUUGGACUAAAAAGUAUUAUUAACAUUGGACAUAUCCUACUUUGACAAAAGAUACUUAACUCGUGUUCUGUUUUGUCUUUAAUUGCUAAAGGCUUGACUGCAUAACGUGAGUUACUACACUCAGAGGACCAAGAAAGUCUUCGAUAAAAGUAAACACAUUUGUUAAUGGGACGUUUUACCGUACAAGUUAUCCUGACAUUGCAUUCACAAGUAUAAUGUCUAAUUUGAAUAAUAUAGCAACACCCACCAACAACGAGGCAAUACUAUGCUGCUGACUCACGUGUAGAUAUAUCUACGGGCUGAUUGCAUCACUUGUGUCGAGUUGUUCGAAAGGAGUACCUGAAGGCACCAUAUCCUGUCUCUCAAAGUUAGCUAGCAUUAGCAAUAGCUGCAGUUAGCCGGUAGGAGGACCGCAGCAUCAGCAUCAUCCCAACACAAUGACAUAAAACGGGCGCCAGCUUGGUUGACUGUACGAGGGAGACGGGGAGGAACAACUCCGAAACCAGAGAAAAAUGAGCCGCUUCUGCUCGGACAACAACAACUUUCCCUAUGACAACAACGUCCUGGUUUUGGACAUGGUGCUGGGCUCUCUGUGGGGAGUGCCCCAGCCCAUAAACUGGGACUAUGUAGCCAAGCUAGUUCCAGGAUUCACUCCCAAGGAGUGUGCCCGUCGGUUUGAGGAGCUGAAGAGCACAGGGGGCUUUCUUCAUGUGGACAACCAAUGCAAUCCCCUGACAGAAGGAAGCCCCUCCCCUUCAGAUGGCCUGACCACUCUGCUGGACACUGGUGAGGUGGUGGAGACAGGAAGCAGCCAGAGCAGCAGCAAAGUCCCAGCAGGCUCCAAGUCGACGCCCACAGGAAGGGUUGGUGCUGUGGAGAAGAAAGAGAGAAGGGUCUCCGCAGAGGAGGAUGACAAACCUCAGAAGCCACGAGACCCCAACAUGGUCAUCCACGUGUGUGACGAGACCAAGAAUCUGAAACAGGACUUCACGUGUCCCAGAGAUCUCCUCGUCAAAGAGAUGCAUUACUUCGCCGAGUAUUUGUCCGUGGACGCGCAGAGGUGGGAGGAGGUGGACAUCUCCGUUCACUGUGACGUACAGAUCUUCGACUGGCUCAUGAACUACGUCAGGAGGAACUCUGCGGGAGAGGGAAACAAGGACAAACCCCGCCUCGAGCCCAGCAAUGUGAUCUCAAUCCUGAUCUCCUCCGAGUUCUUGAAGAUGGAUACGUUAGUGGAGGAGUGCAUCCAGUACUGCCACAAACACAUGAGCGCCAUUGUGGCCACGCCCUGCAACAUGAAUUGCAUCAACAGCAACUUGGCGACGCGCAUCGCCGAACUCUUCAACCACAACGAGGCCGACGACAUCAGGGACAAAAAAGACAAGUUCAAGAGCAAAUUGUUUCAGAAGAAAAUUGAGCGUCUCUUCGAUCCCAAAUACCAGAGCAGAGAUUCGCCAGGAAACGCCUCGACUCUCUACAGGUGUGGUCUGUGCCAUAAGCUGCUGACCAAAGACACAGAGAGAAAGAUUUCUUGUGUUCCAGGGAAAAUCAACAUAGAUGCUCGCGGAGAGAUCAUUUACACACACACUAGGCAAAAGAGCUGGGAUGUGCAUGAAUACAUCACGGGUCUGUAUGAGGACCUCAAGUCCUGGGUCCUGGUCUACUGGAGAAUCUGGGGUACCAUCAACUACCUCACUUGCUUCCGAUGCCAACAGGUGUUUGUGUGUGCAGAGCUAACCCAUUGCAAGUACCACCCAGACAGUGUGCAGUACCUUGGCAUGGGAACUGAGAAAGGCUGGCAUGGUGCAGGAAUCUACCCCUGCUGCAAUCAGAGAGUUCUCCGCUUCGACCCCUCUGGUAUGCCCAAGGGCUGUAAGAUGCGAGACCACAUAGUGAACGUACCCGAUGAAGAGAACUGUGACGAGGUCACCUCAGCCCAGACCAGAGUCCUCAAUGACCUGCUGCUGCACAGAGACGCCGUGUGUUUGUCCAACACACCACCUGCAGACGGUGCUGAGGAGAGUCCCUCCAGUGCAGAAAAGGUUCAGGACUGCGAUGUUCUCUUGGAGCCGACACUGCUCGGACCUCUGAGAGGAGACGGCAGCACUUUUUCCUUUUUGAAAAACUGGAGUCUGCAAUUGAGGCAGCAGUCUCUCCUGUCGGAGGAUGAGGAGUACACCACGGGGUCAGAGGUCACUGAGGACGAGGUGGGGGACGAAGAGGAGCAGUCCAAGAAACAAGCUGCUAAGAAGGCCAAGAAGGCCCCCAGACCUCUGAGGAAACAAAUGUCCUCUCCGAACUUCCAGCGCAGAGACAAAGCAGAGAAACCACAGCCCAGGGACAACACACCUUUCAUAGUGAGUGUCCAGAAAAAUAAGUGGGACAGUUCUCGCUCCAUGCGGUACAACCAGGACGCUCAGAGGGAAGAAGACCAGCGGCGCAUGGUGGAGGUCAUCGGCUACCUGACUAAGAUGAGGUUUGGAGACCAGGAACAGAGCAAAUCUAAGGAAACUAAAGAGCCUACAGGAGGAAUCUACUCCAGACUCGAAGCGCAAUUUAAGAGUGCCUCUCAAGCCAGACAGGGUUCAGAAAAGACACCCAGGUCUAAAAUACGCUAUGCUCAGAUCCGGACAACAUAAAAGACUCGAUGGGGAAAAAGCCGCUGAGCCGUCCAAGAAACGAGUAUGACUGCGGAUGAAGAGCUCAUCACGGCCUGUCAGUACAAGAGGAAGAGGAAGAUCCUUCUGUGAGGGCUCAGUAUAACACACCAGCCUCCUACCGGCAGCCCCCCCUAGCACGGCCACUACUUAUAACCCGACUGUGGACUCUCUCCUCACCCCCCUCCCUCUGUGCUUAACUCAGGUGACUAUGUACUGAUCACCAUCAACCGCACCUUCUGUCACUCAGCUAGCUGCUUAUUAGUGGUCUGUUCUUAAAAAACAGCAGGAAAUGCCCUCGAACUGAACAGCCUCUCAGUAUGUCUUUAGGAUUUAGUUUUGGAAUUCCUACAACAUGGGAAAUGUCAUUUUACCUGAAGAUCCGUGUUAAUGGAGCCAGCAAAUUCCACACGCAUGGGAUUAAAAACUAGUUUCAGAGAGAGAUAAGUGAUGGUAAAGGGAAAUAAAAAAUGUACUGCUUCAACACAGUUCAGUUGGUUUC